GAAGCUUGAAGUAUAACUCGACCAGAAAGUGGGUCCCGUGGGCCCUUCAUCCCUCGCUUCUCCCAGUUUAAAAGGAGGUGCAAAGCCUCCUCAUUUUGCAAACCAAACCAACCCAGCAUUAGCUUGCCCUUACUCUGCAACUUUGUCAAAGAAAGUGUAAAAGGAAGAGAGAAUAGAGACAAACAGAGCAGCCCCUUAUCUGUUUUAUAUUUCUCACAGGUGUCUUUGAAACAGGAAAAGCGAAGCUGAAUAAAGUGAAAAAGGAAGAAAAAACCCAAAGACUAUUGCUUUGAGAAGCAGAGGGUCAUGGGUUCCAAACCUGUAAUGUGGAACGUGUUGGUAACCAAUGCGUUCUUGUUUCUGCUCUUGUUUUCGUUGUUCUCGUCUGUUACCGCCUCUGUAACUUACGAUGAGAAAGCUAUUAUCAUCAAUGGGCAGCGAAGGAUCCUCAUGUCAGGGUCUAUUCACUAUCCACGAAGCACUCCUGAGAUGUGGCCAGACCUUAUUCAGAAGGCUAAAGAUGGAGGUUUGGAUGUUAUUCAAACCUAUGUCUUCUGGAAUGGACAUGAGCCUUCUCCAGGCAAUUAUUACUUCCAGGGUAGGUAUGAUCUUGUUGGGUUUAUCAAGCUGGUGAAACAAGCUGGCCUUUAUGUUCAUCUCCGGAUUGGCCCCUAUGUUUGUGCUGAAUGGAACUUUGGGGGCUUCCCUGUUUGGCUGAAAUACAUACCAGGAAUGGUUUUCAGAUCAGACAAUGAGCCUUUCAAGGCGGCAAUGCAAAAAUUCACAAACAAGAUUGUGGAUAUGAUGAAAGCAGAGCGAUUAUUUGAAUCUCAGGGUGGUCCAAUAAUUAUGUCUCAGAUAGAGAACGAAUAUGGACCUGUGGAAUAUGAACUUGGAGAUUCAGCUAAGGCUUAUGCGAAAUGGGCUGCAGAAAUGGCUGUGGGUCUAGGCACUGGAGUCCCAUGGAUCAUGUGCAAGGAAGAUGAUGCACCUGAUCCCAUAAUAAACACCUGCAAUGAUUUCUAUUGUGACUGGUUCUCUCCAAACAAAGCUUACAAACCCAAGAUGUGGACAGAAAAUUGGACUGGCUGGUAUACUGAAUUUGGAGGUCCAGUUCCUCACAGACCAGCAGAAGAUGUGGCAUUUUCUGUUGCGAAGUUUAUACAGAAAGGCGGGUCGUUCGUUAACUAUUACAUGUACCAUGGAGGAACAAACUUUGGGCGGACAGCCGGUGGUCCCUUCAUUGCUACUAGCUAUGAUUAUGAUGCUCCAAUUGAUGAAUAUGGACUAUUAAGGCAACCUAAAUGGGGUCACUUGAGAGAUCUUCAUAAAGCCAUCAAGCUCUGUGAACAUGCUUUAGUUUCUGCCAAUCCAACUGUGACUAAACUUGGGAGCAAUCAAGAGGCUCAUGUCUUCCAGUCAAAGUCUGGAGCUUGUGCUGCAUUCCUCGCGAACUAUGACUCAAAUUCUUUUGCAACAGUUUCAUUUCGCAAUACAAAGUACAAUCUACCUCCUUGGUCCAUAAGCAUUCUUCCCGACUGCAAGAACACUGUUUUCAACACUGCAAGGAUUGGGUCUCAAAGUGCGCAAAUGAAGAUGACUCCUGCAAGUGUUGGAGUUGGAGGAUUCUCUUGGCAAUCAUACAACGAAGAGACAGCCUCUGUUGAGGACAGUUCAUUUACAGUCGCUGGGUUGCUGGAGCAGAUAAAUGUCACUAGAGAUUCCACAGACUAUUUGUGGUACAUGACAACUGUGCAGAUAGGCCCAAAUGAAAUUUUUUUGAAGAAUGGACAACUUCCUGUCCUCACAGUGAUGUCAGCAGGUCAUGCUUUGCAUGUUUUCAUCAAUGGUCAGCUAUCAGGAACUGCCUAUGGGAGUCUGGAGAAUCCAAAACUGACAUUCAGUGGGAGUGUGCCGCUGAGAGCUGGCAUCAACAAGAUCUCUCUGUUAAGCUUAUCUGUUGGCCUCCCGAAUGUUGGAAUCCAUUAUGAGACAUGGAAUGCUGGGGUGCUCGGUCCAGUUACAUUGAAAGGUCUCAAUGAGGGGAGAAGAGACUUAUCAUGGCAGAAGUGGUCUUACAAGAUUGGUUUAAAAGGAGAAGCUCUCAGCCUCCACACACUCAGUGGUAGUUCUUCUGUUGAGUGGGUAGAAGGAUCACAAAUGGCUCGAAAGCAGCCUCUGACAUGGUACAAGGCUAUUUUCAAUGCACCAGCUGGGAAUGAGCCAUUGGCUGUGGAUAUGAACAGUAUGGGAAAAGGUCAAAUCUGGAUAAAUGGGCAGAGCAUUGGACGCUACUGGCCAGCAUAUAAAGCAUCUGGUACCUGUGGUGGCUGUAGUUAUGCUGGAACUUAUACCUCAACAAAAUGCCAGAGUAAUUGUGGAGAGGCCUCUCAAAGAUGGUAUCACCUUCCACGUUCAUGGCUUAAACCUACUGGAAACCUAUUGGUUCUAUUUGAAGAAUGGGGUGGUAAUCCAACUGGUAUUUCUCUGGUCAGUAGAACAGUACAAAGCGUCUGUGCUGAUAUUUUUGAAGGGCAGCCGACACAGACUGGUUGGGAGAUGAAAGCCUCUGGUAAAGUUCAAGGAACCCUCAGGCCCAAGGCACAUCUCUGGUGUGCACCAGGACAGAAAAUCUCAUCAAUAAAGUUUGCUAGCUAUGGGACUCCACAAGGGAUGUGUGGAAGCUUCCAGGAAGGCAAUUGUCAUGCUCACAAGUCCUACGAUGCUUUCGAAAAGAGGUGUAUUGGGCAGCAAUUAUGCUCAAUAACAAUAGCUCCUGAGGUCUUUGGAGGGGAUCCCUGUCCAAGCACCAGGAAGAAGCUUUCUGUGGAGGCAGUCUGCAAAUGAUGGCUAACAACAUUCACAAUACAUCAAAUGAAGAUCACAAAUUUAUUCUUCUUUGGUACAUAAAAUCUUAAUAAGGUUUUCUUGAUAAUUCAAGUGUACACGUCCCUGGUUGUCAAGCCAUUGGUUUUGGUUCUGGGACAGGGUGAAGUUGACAUUCAACACACCAUUUUGCCAGAGCCAGUAUAGAUUGUGAAGAUGAGUUUGAAGAAGCAUCAUGUACAUAAACUAGAUGAUGUUUGUCAAACAGCCUUUUACGUAAUAAUAAUACAGAGGCUGCAGGGUCUUAUUGGGGCACAUUGAGAUGUUAGAUUUUGCGCACAUGUUGCAAAAUGUUCAUUCCUCAGAUUGAAACUAGGGGCAACCUGUUGGCUUGUGACUUGUGAGGGGGGGGGAAUUUUUUUCCUUUUUUUUUUCUUUUUCUGAUUGCUUUAUCUUUGUAUGAACAAGUGCCAAUAGCAAUAAAAGUCUAGCUUAUUUCAGAGUCUUUAAGCAUUGUAAUAGCAAUAAAAUUCUGUCGUCAAGUCUACACACAGACAGAUUGUUCCUGUA